AUAGUCCUUUGGAAAGAACAAAAGAGAGAGAAGAUGGUGAAUAAUGGAAGGCUGCUUUUCUUCGUGAAUCUUAAUAAGGAUCUAAAGACAGAGAUUUGAGAGCGUUAUAAUUCGUAAAUCCAUCUCUUUUAUCUCUUCCUCUCUCUCUCUCUCUCUCUUUUAACCUUUUUACAAUGAAGAGAAGUCUCACUUUACUCGUUAUCCUCUGCUCUUUCCUCUUCCCCAUUGUCUCGAGCAAUCUACUCGUCGAACCGGUUCAACCCAACACCGUACCGGCUUUCCCCGUCGAAACCCAAGCUCAAAGCUGCCGUCUUGACCUCUCCGACGAGCUCUUCGGAGGAGUCAAUGAAGCUUGCGGGAGAAACCUUGACCGGAGCCGAUGUUGCCCUGUUCUUGCCGCUUGGCUCUUCGCAGCUCACUCACGUUCUGCUCUCCAGUUACCGGCUCCUGCUCCGACGCCGGAAUCCUCCGAUCCCGACGAACCCAUGAAACCGGACGACUCUCAGAAGUGCGUCAACACAUUGCAGAGUGCGCUUCUGACCAAACACGUCAAGAUCCCACAGCCUAACUCGACCUGCGAUGCAAUCUUGUGUUUCUGCGGCAUUCGUCUUCACCAGAUAAGCUCACUCUCUUGCCCCGCCGCUUUCAAUGUCUCCUCCGGCUUCCGAAACGCAACUCCGACCGCCGCCGUGAAGAAUCUCGAGAAAGAAUGUCGGAAUUCUUCUUACUCUGGAUGUACCAGAUGUCUCGGUGCUCUUCAAAAGCUAAAGGUAAAAGGAGGAAGCAAGAAGACAACAACAGAGAGAGCGAGUAAGAUGAUGAGCAAAGACUGCCAGCUCAUGGGACUCACAUGGCUACUGGCUCGUAACAAAACGGCAUACAUCCCCACCGUUUCGGCUGUGUUAAGAGCCAUUAUGUACAGUGCACACCCUCCUCACCUCAACAAGUGCAGCCCUGACCAAGAGAACAUGCCCUUAGCCGUUGACUCUCUUCAGUUUCAGAAGAGCCUCUCUGCUUCGUCACGUUAUUCUGUGUUUCCGGUUUUGCCCCUAAUCCUCUGCAUCUUUCUCUUACUAUGAUUUUUAUUUAUUUUUUGGUCGGGGGUGUGAAAAGAGUCACGUGAAGCUACAAGACAGAUUUGUGUGUAUGUAAAUGCUUUGCUCUUU